UCCUGCUCAAAUACACAUUAUUACAUUGCCAUUCCACCACUACGCAAAUAUCGUUUGCCAUUUUCAGAGGUCGGCAAUAUUGUGCCUCAUAAUUUGGAAAAUAACAGUGGUUCUUGGUGCAGGAUAAUAUACUCUAAUCUAGUCUGCCUUGUCCAGUGGUUGAAUAGAGGCUGUCCACUAGCGGUCUUUAAAAAAAAUCCUACAUCAAAACAAAGCUCAAUCCUACAUCAUUGCUAGCUCGCAAUUAUGCUGAAGAACAACGUACUGAUUUUUGCCGAGAAUGUGGUGUUGCCCAAAGGCGAAGUCCGAGAGGGUCCAUUCUACGUGGUUAUUAAAAGUGGUAUUAUUACAAAGAUUUCUAAAGCGGAGUCAACGCUCAGUACUGUAUCGCAGUGUGAUCGAUGUGAUGCUGUCGCUUGCCACCUAUUGGCCCCUGGUUUUGUCGAUAUCCAUAACCACGGCCUAGGUAAGUGUAGGCUGCUUGGUAUGUCAGUGUGGGUCGUAUUCUACAGGCUCUACAUUUACCUAAUGUGGUUUGUGUCUAAACUACAACUUAUAAAAGUCUAUAAAAAACUUCCACAAAGGUUGGUAGCCUAUAUUGACACCACUUAGACCUCUUGACAAACUGUUUUAAAUUCAGAUAGUUCCGGCCAAAAACUCGCGAAAUAUAUUUUGAUUAUACCACCGCGAUCGCUCAAUUCUCCGUGCGCCAAAUUUAUGCAUAUAAAAAUUUUAUAGCCAACUUACACAUAUUGACAUGCAACUUUCGUGUGGGCACAAAAAUGAAGUUCGUAAAUUGCACAGGGUAUUUAAUGACAUAUCAAAUUCUCCUAAUUAGUGUUUUGAUAGUUGUUAAUUUCAUUAAAUUCAAAAUUAUUGCAUGCUCUAAUGCCAUUAUAUUGUUCUCGUAUUUUGCAUUGCUCGCGCUAAGGUUUGAGUAAGUAAUUUUCUAGUUAUUUCAGUUACAGAUGCCAAGCAACUAUAAAGUUCUGCAAAUAUUAUGUUGUAAAUUCCUGGGCGAGGACCUGCGCAAUUUGAGAUGGAAGAUAAUAUACCCGGAAGACCUUCGACCUAAAGACGCCAAAACAAGUUUUUCAAGUGGUUCUGAAAAUUUAGAAUAUUUUUUUCCGAAAAAGUUUAUAAUCUUUCACCCGACUAAAUUUAAUGUAAGAAAUCCUGUCUAAACCAUGGGUUUCAUCGCUUGCAUGAUGGCCAUUACUUUUUUUAUCUUGAGUGAAGCACGAGCAGAGAACGUGGACAUUUCGAGUGAAGCACGACCAGAGAACGUGGAUAAACGUGCGCUUGCAUUCGUCGCACAGCAGGGAGCCUAGGAUAUUUAAUACUAAACUUUGACCAAACUGGAUUAACAUGCCUAGACGUGAUAUAGCCUAUGUCAUAACCUAGCCUAGCCCUAGACACUAACACUUGAUGAUUUCUAAGAACUUAUAACUAUAGUUACCUUUACUAAAGCUGUAUUUUUAAAAUAGCAAAAUAUUUUACUUUGGCGCGCAAAUUACAUGGAAUAAGGUGUAGCUACAUACACCCAGGAUGCAUUCCACGUAAUACAAUACAAUACAAUACGGGGCUCUGCAUUAUCUGAUGCGAUCACGUGGUGGAUUUUUAUUUAGUGUAGGUUUAAUAACGUGGGCUGCAUGACGAGCUUCAAGUUCCAAAUAUUUGUAGAGUUUUCUUCCUCGAGAAACAUUUUGUUCACGUGAAGUAACCUCACAUGAUUCAAUGAUCUUCACCCUAAUUAUGAUUGCUCGACAGGAUCAUCCCAUGAGCUGAUCACGUGUCCAUGUGUGGGACAAGCAACGUGAGUUAAAUGAGAGCUUUUUUCAAUUUUUGGUUUACCAAAUGACGUCAAGUCACUCAUAACCUUCACGUAGAAGUGUUUUUAAACUUUUCCGGUAGACGCAUGUUCGCACUGCUUGUUGACAACUUGCUACAAGGUUGUUGAGCUAAACAGACUUGUUACAAGUUGUUCCAACAAUUUGGUAUCGACUAUCGUCCUGCAAUUCAACAAUUUGUCAACAAGUUGUGAGUGACAACCUUGUAGCAAGCUGAUAAAAUAACAGCAUUGUUACAACUUGUUGACAAGCUUGCCACAAGCCUGUUGCGACCACAUCUUGUUGACAAGUUGUGAGAUUUUUACGUGUGUAGUUCAGAUACAAACAUACAGAUGCUGUCGACAAGUUGUGUUCGCACUGCUUGUUCCUAUAGUUGUUCUAACAAGUUUGGAACAAGCUGUUAACAACUUGUGACAAGCUUGAUGGCAUUAUCAGACUUGUUACAAGGUUGUUCUGACAAGUCUGAUACACUGAUAUAAAAGAAUGUUACAAGGUUGAUGACACAAGGUUGUAACAAUAUUGUUAUAAGAUAACUGUAUCGGACUUGUUGGAACAACCUUGCAACAAGUCUGAUAAUAUCAACAAGGCUGUUACAAGUUGUUAACAGCUUGUUCCAAACUUGUUGACAACUUGGGACAAGCAGUGCGAAGACAACUUGUUGACAACUUGUUGGCAGACUUGCUGCAAGAUGCGAGACUUUUGCGUGUGUAUCUUAAGUGUUCACGUGUCAGAUUUGUCAAGGUGAAUGUCACGAGUCAUUUUUAUCCACAAGCAGCACGUACUUUGUUCACGUGAAAUACCAACAUGCAAAUUUAACUGGCAUAUCACUAAUCAUACACAUGUCAUUCAACUCCGUGAAUCUCACUCAUAUUUGGUGUUGUACUCUGUCUAACAAAACUUUUUUCGUCAAAGUCGCAUUCUAGUGAGAGGUUAUUUGUAAUUCGAAGGUGCGUCUACAGAUAUUAACCAAUCAGCUUUCGUGAAACGUUGGUGUAAGCCAAUCAAUGCGUAUCUGCUAGUUUAAAAGUUAUUUUCUUAUUACAAAAUUGCCUUUUGUUGCAGGUGGUGGUGAAGAUGUACUCGAAUACUGGAAGACACCAG